AUGACAAAAGCCGACCAAAUUCAAGAAGACUGGCUCAGAUAUGCUUCCAAUCAAAUGGACUUAGGUGUUCCUUACGAAAAAUUGAUUCUAGAAGGUGUUCCAUUGAAAAAAGGUGGAAAGGUUUUUAAAUUGCAUCUCCAAACAUUUCAUAAAGCGCUUAAUAAGUUGGGAAUUGAUAAAACCUUUCAUCAUUGCCCUGUUCCUCUUAAUUUAGACAAUACUAUUAAGAUUGUAAAAGGAUUGCGUGAAAAUUUACCAAAAAUGGGGUAUAAAGCAGCCACAGAGCAAAUUAAAACCGACCGCUAUUUCAUCUCUACACAUCAAAACGAAAUUCGGGACUUUCGCGAAAGAUAUCAAAAUCUCGAAGAUGUAACAAUUAAAGAAAUUAUUAAAAAUUCUAAUGAUAUAGAUUCUAAAACAAAAGAAUUUUAUAUUUCUGAUAGGACAACAUUAUCACAAAAAUUCAAUCCUAAUUUACAAAAUGUAAAUAAAAACACAAAAAUUCAUGCAGAUGAUAUUAAGUGUUUUCAUUCCAAAUACUUAUUUGAUAUUGAUUUAACGAAGAAACCAACCUAUUAUCAGGUGAAGAAAGCUUACACAGCAUUAAAAAUCUUAAAACCGCCAAGACCAAGAAUUCAAAAACCAAUUAGGUGUAGAUAUUGUGCCAAAUAUAUAAAUAUGAUUUGGCAUAUUGAUAUACAUUAUCUAAAUCAUCAAAUUGGAAGUUAUCUUUUUGCCAUAAUUGAUGAUUGUUCUAGGUAUGUAAUUGAUUUUCAAUACAUGAAUGAAAAAACUUCUACAAAUACCUCAAGCGUUAUGGCCAGAGCAUUCUCCUUGUUCGGAACCCCAUAUGCCAUAUGGGCAGAUAAUGGGGGUGAGAAUAAGGGUGAAAUGUAUAAGCUUUUAAAAGAUUGCAACGUUCAAAUUAUACAUACAGAAGCAUAUACUCCUCAACAGAAUGGCAAGAUUGAGCGAAUCUGGCCAUCUGUUGAGGAAAAUUGCAACAAUCCGGAAGAUCUACAAGAAUACUUCAUAAAUUAUAAUAACAAGCCUCAUAUGGCCCUACCGAUUAAUCUUUAUACCGAUUCCCACUUUACACCACAAGACUAUUACAAUUUUGAAAAAAAGUGGGACUUUGAAACAAGACCGGUAUGGUUUAUUGACGGUCAUGAACAGGACUUCAAUUUAAAGACGAAAAAGCCGAACGUUCGUUCAAGAGAUUUAUCUGAUUAG